ACUGCCUGCCUGCAAGCAGAAGGGGGUACCUUGCACAGAGCAGUGCUGGGAAGAACAGGAGCUGAGGAGCUCCAGCCUAGCGAACUCCCAGACUGAGGCUUUACUUCCAAAGCCUGAGACGGUACUGGGGCUGUGGGGAGCAGCCAGGGAAGGAAGAGGCAACCGAUCUAACCCCCUUGCUGAUGGAUGCUGCCGUUCACGGACUGGGUGCUGGAGCUGCUGAGCAUGGAGUGGACCCAUCUCCAUGCUUACACCAUCUCCGCCCUGCUCCUUGCCCUGCUGGCCCUGCUCUUCCGCACCCUCCUGCAGCUCGGGAACUCCUGGCACCACUACUACGUGAACUGCCAGUGUCUGCGCUGCUUCCCAGAGCCCCCGCGUCGCAACUGGCUGCUGGGACACUUGGGGAUGUUCAUAUCUGAUGAGGAGGGGCUGAGCUUGGUGUCCCAAACGGUUGCUACAUUCUCCCAGGCCUGUGUGACAUGGAUGGGGCCCUUCCUACCAGUCCUGGCCCUGGUGCACCCUGAUUAUCUCAAGCCGAUCACAACAGCCUCAGCUGCCAUCGCGCCCAAGGACUACAUGUUCUAUGGCUUCCUGAAGCCCUGGCUCGGGGAUGGUUUGCUGCUGAGCAACGGUGCAAAAUGGGUGCGGCACCGGCGCAUGCUGACGCCAGCCUUCCACUUCGACAUCCUGAAGCCCUAUGUGAAGAUCUUCAACCAGAGCACUGCCAUCAUGCAUGCUAAGUGGCGCAGGCUGGUGGCGUCAGGCUCCACCUCCCUGGACAUGUUUGAACAGGUCAGCCUCGUGACCCUGGACAGUCUGCAGAAAUGCGUCUUCAGCUACAACAGCAACUGCCAGGAGACGCCCAGUGACUACAUCGCGGCCAUCCUGGAGCUCAGCUCCCUGGUGGUGCGACGCCAGCACUGCCUGCUCCUGUACUGGGACUUCCUGUACCACCUGACGCCCGAUGGGUGGCGCUUCCGGCGCGCCUGCGACACCGUGCACCGCUUCACAGCCGACGUGGUGCAGCGGCGCCACCAGGCCCUGAACUGCCUGGGCAGGGAGGCCUGGCUCAAAUCCAAGCAGGGCAAGACGGUGGACUUCAUAGACAUCCUGCUCCUGGCCAAGGAUGAGGACGGCCAGGACCUGUCAGAGGAGGACAUCGCAGCCGAGGCCGACACCUUCAUGUUUGAGGGCCACGACACCACAGCCAGUGGCCUCUCUUGGGUGCUGUAUAACCUGGCCUGUCACCCUGAGUACCAGGAGCGCUGCCGCGAGGAGAUCAAGGACUUAAUGCGGGACAAGGAGUCAGAGGAGAUUGAAUGGGAGGACCUGUCCCAGAUGCCCUUCUGCACCAUGUGCAUCAAGGAGAGUCUGCGCCUGCACCCACCCGUCACGGCCGUGUCCCGGCGCUGCACCGGGGACAUCAAACUGCCCGACGGACGUGUCCUACCCAAAGGGAACGUCUGUCUGAUCAGUAUCUACGGGACACAUCACAAUCCUGCUGUCUGGCCGGAGCCCCAGGUCUAUAACCCGCACCGCUUCGACCCAGAGAACUCCAAGAACAAGCCCCCACUGGCCUUCAUUCCCUUCUCUGCUGGACCGAGGUAACCUGCCUGCUGGGCUCAGAGCCCCUCGCCGCACAAACUGCCCCCUCCUCUGCCACAAGGAACUCAUGGUUCAAGGAGACAAACAGUGGUUGAGGGCUGGGAGGAGGGGGCCGGGUGUGGCCCCUGGGGCAGCUGGACCUGGAACUGGGGGACAGUUGCUUUCAUGAUAUUUCUAAGUUCGUUCCCGAGCAUGGUGAAGUCCAGGGCCCCUGCUGCAGGGACGAGGCCAUGGGGCUUUGGGAUCCAGCCUGAGGGUUUCAGGAUCUGGCCCUCGAAUCCGGUUACUGAGCUUUGGGUUCUGUCCCUCGUCCACAUGGUGGCAGGCUCCAGCCCUGGGCUCAUCCCCUCCCUCCCAUCUCUCAGUCCCCGCUGCCUCCUCAGGCCCAAGACUUCAACCGCAUGCUCCAUUCCUUGGCCGCAAGGCUCCAGGGCCCAGGAUCUGGCCAAGGGUCUUCUGGCUCUGGUCCCUAGCUGUGAGGCAGCGGGUGCCGGCCCCAGGCUCACCCACCCCCCAUUGUCCCGGCCCACUCUGCCUCCUCCGGCCCUGGGCUUUGUCCACAUGCUCAAUCCCCAGCCACGGGGCUUCAAGCUCAGGCCACGGGAUCCGGCUGCAGGGUGUUUGGCUCUCUGGCUCUGGCUCUUGGCCAUGCACUGGCAGGUGCAGGCCCCUAUCUCACCCCCCCACCUCCAUUAACUUUGGCCCCUGCUGCCACUCCCACUCCCCCCAUUGUCCAUGGGACCACUGCCUCCUCCAGCUCCCUGUCUGUUCCCCCCCACUGCCCUGGGGCUCCGCUGCCUCCCUACCCACCUCCCCAUCCAGGGCUUAAUUUGUCUGUUUGUUAAUGUCACUUUUCACAGCAGACUGAGAAGCGAGCUGGGAGACUGUGAAAAGCGACAUUAACAUACAAGUGUCACUUUUCACAGCAGCAGAUUUACUAGCUCGCAAGGCUAAAAAUAACCAACGCAACCAAAAAAGCAAAAGAAACUACAACAAAAAAGACAAGAACGUGCAGAGCCCCUUGUUUGCGUUUCUAUUCUGCUUAGGGCCAGUGAAGAAUAAAGACAACUGGACUUUAUUUUUACUAUUCAGUCUGCAAAAAAACCCCAAAUCCU